AUGGCGCUAAACCACACUGCCCGGCCCCAGGAUGAGCGCCUGCCACACUACCUUCGAGAAGGGGACCCCUUUGCUUCCAAACUUUCCUGGGAAGCGGAUCUAGUGGCUGGCUUUUACUUAACAAUAAUUGGGAUUCUGUCCACAUUUGGAAACGGGUAUGUCCUUUAUAUGUCUUCUAGACGAAAGAAGAAGCUGAGACCUGCGGAAAUAAUGACUAUCAAUUUAGCAAUCUGUGAUCUGGGGAUUUCAGUUGUAGGCAAACCGUUCACGAUCAUCUCUUGCUUCUGUCACCGCUGGGUGUUUGGCUGGAUUGGCUGCCGCUGGUAUGGAUGGGCUGGAUUUUUCUUUGGCUGUGGAAGUCUUAUCACCAUGACGGCUGUCAGCCUGGAUCGAUAUCUGAAAAUCUGCUAUUUAUCUUAUGGGGUUUGGCUGAAAAGAAAGCACGCCUACAUCUGCCUGGCAGUCAUCUGGGCCUAUGCUUCUUUCUGGACCACCAUGCCCUUGGUAGGUCUGGGGGACUACGCACCUGAGCCCUUCGGAACCUCAUGCACGCUGGACUGGUGGCUGGCCCAGGCCUCCCUGGGUGGCCAGAUUUUCAUCCUGAACAUCCUCUUCUUCUGCCUCUUGCUCCCAACGGCUGUGAUCGUAUUCUCCUAUGUGAAGAUCAUUGCCAAGGUUAAGUCCUCCUCCAAAGAAGUAGCUCAUUUCGACAGUCGGAUACAUAGCAGCCAUGUGCUGGAAAUGAAACUAACCAAGGUAGCAAUGCUGAUUUGUGCUGGCUUCCUGAUUGCCUGGAUUCCUUAUGCAGUGGUCUCUGUGUGGUCAGCUUUUGGAAGGCCAGACUCCAUCCCCAUUCAACUCUCUGUGGUGCCAACCCUACUUGCAAAAUCAGCAGCAAUGUACAACCCCAUCAUUUACCAGGUCAUUGAUUACAAAUUUGCCUGUUGCCAAACUGGUCGUUUGAAAGCAACCAAGAAGAAAUCUUUGGAAGACUUCAGGCUGCACACUGUUACCACAGUCAGGAAGUCUUCUGCUGUGCUGGAAAUACAUCAAGAGGGGAUCAGAGCCCUGUGGGAUAUUAGGCAGGGGAAAGAAGUGAUGUGGUUUAUAACGCUGUCUAAUGGCAGCGUGGAAGGUGGAUUGUUCUUCAUGGGGAUGGGGUUCAAGAGUAGACUUUGGGAGACCAGGUGGGCAGCUUUAUAA